UCUACCAUUAGAGCUUCUCAUCACUCCCAAUCCCAACCAUCUUUCUCUCUCUCUCAAAAAAAAACAAAAUGGAUUCUCAAACUGUCUCUUCCUCUUUCAGUCUUGAGCUGAGAAUAGUAAGGGCAAGAAACGUUUUUGUGAAAACAUGUAGACAAGUUUUUGUGAGAUGCUAUAUCUCUACAGCAAGCAACAAAAGAAUAAGAAUAGACAGCCAAGAAAUCUCAUCAGAUUCCAACAUGACUUGGAAUCAAACAUUUUCACUAAACUGCUCUGGCACUCCCGAAACCAUGAGAUCCCUCAAGCAAGGAACCAUUGUUUUCGAGCUCCGGAGCAGAAGUGCAGCGACUUUGAUAUCAAGAAUGAGUGGCUCAAAACUGGUGGCAAGGGCUGAGAUGCCAUGGAAAGAUGUCGUUGGCGUGCCGGUCCACGAGAAGUGGGUCGUCAUGACUGCAAAAAACAGCUACGUGUAUAAUGAUGAAGUGAAGCCCCCGGGUAUACAGAUAGCCACCAAAGUUGAAGAAAUUGCAGAGCUGAAGACAACAAAGGCGUAUAAUUGCGGUUGCAUGGAUUGUGGAUGCAAUUAUUGCGUAGAUUAUGAUUUCUUUGCAUUAGGAGCUGCUCUAUAGCAUAUGCAGAAGCUUUUUAGAGACAUGGAAUAGAGAUUAGGGUUAGUUCUUAUAUGAUAUAUAUAUGUAAUACAGAUUAGGAAAAUUUUCCCAAUUUUAACAAAAAUAUACUUGUUCCACUUAUACAUA